AACGCUUAUACUUUGCACGAGACAUAUACCAUUUCAAGGAGUUUUUUAGUAAAAUAAAACGAUAAAACUAACAUAAAAAAGGUUCGCUUGUCGAGUUGAAUCAGUAAAAAACAAUGGUGUACACCGGUUACUUAAGCAACGGAUUGCAGAAUGCUGAGGACACUGAAUGGUUGCCGUAUGGAGAUCCCAAUGACUGGGCACAUGGUCUAGCGGCUUAUGAUGGUUUGGAGCUGAUGGGCGGCAAUGAGCAGGAGGUGCAGCCCUCUUUGAACCGGGUGAUGAAAAACAUCGACUACGACCUGGCCUUGAAGCAUCCAUUGGAGCAUACCUGGACUUUGUGGCACUUGGAGAACGAUCGUACCAAGCGCUGGGCCGAAAUGCUCGUCGAUGUGACCAGCUUCAACACCGUUGAGGACUUUUUCAGUGUGUACUACUUUGUGAAGCCGCCAUCGGAUCUGAAGAUAUUCAAUGACUACAUGGUGUUCAAGAAAAAUAUUCGACCCAUGUGGGAGGAUGACACCAACAAGAACGGUGGUCGUUGGAUACUGCUCCUGGACAAGGCCUCCAGGACCUAUAUAGAUAAGAUGUGGCACGAUUUGAUUUUGUGCAUGAUUGGCGAGUGCUUCGAGCACUCGGACGAGAUAUGUGGAGUGGUCAUCAAUGUGCGCAACAAGGCUAAUAAGCUAUCCCUUUGGACAAAGGACUCGCGCAAUGUGGAGGCCAUCCUGUCCAUCGGCAGGCAGAUAAAGGACCUGCUGCAUCUGGGCAUUAUGGAGAUCCAGUACCAGGUGCACAACGAUGCCAUGUUGAACCAUGGACCCAAUGUCCAUGCCAUCUACAAAUUGUAGGCGCCAAAUGGAGGCCAAUUCCCAAGAGCGCCAUCGUAAAUGCCCAGUUCAUGGUCAGAAAUGUGCAUCUACGAUAGUACAUAUGCCUAAUACAUUUGUCAAACUCACAUUUUAUCCCACGCGCACCAAUGCUUUUCGGUUGUACCAUGAAUAAAGUAUUGCGUAGAGCAGUAGAAACAGUAA